AUGGUGAAGGAAACUAAACUCUACGAUUUGUUGGGGGUAUCGCCGCUGGCCAACGACAAUGAAAUCAAAAAAGCAUACAGAAAACAGGCCCUCAAGUACCAUCCAGACAAACCUACCGGUGAUACGGAAAAAUUUAAAGAGAUUUCUGAAGCAUUUGAUAUCUUGUCCAAUGGUGACAAGAGACAGGUUUAUGAUGACUAUGGCUUAGAAGCUGCCAGAGGCAAUGCACCAGCUGGAGGUGAAAACCCAUUUGCUGGUGGAGCACCUGGCGGUGGAGGAACUACAUUCUCUUUCGGUGGAGGCCACCCAUUUUCGCAAUCGGAUGCAUUCAACAUAUUCUCGCAAAUGGGCGGUUUCGGAAUGGAUGAUGGCGGAUUCAGUUUUGGUGGUAGCGGUUUUGGAGGCAACUCUGGAUUUGGUGGAGGCGGUGGUUUUGGAGGUAUGCCAGGCAGUUUCGGCGGUGGAGGUGGUGGCCGCUCUCGCCGUCCUGAACCAGAUACCGUAUCAAUGGCCUUGCCAUGCACGUUAGAAGAGUUGUACAAUGGUGCUACCAAGAAGAUGAAGCUCAACAGAAAAUCUGCCGAUGGAUCAAGAGAAAGUAAGAUUUUGGAGAUCAAGAUCAAGCCAGGCUGGAAAGUGGGUACGAAAAUCAAUUUCAACAACGAAGGUGACUACCAGCGUGAAUGCCAGGCAAGACAGACAGUGCAGUUCGUCAUUGAAGAAAAGCCUCAUCCAGUGUUCAAGAGAGAAGGUAGCGACUUGAUUGCUGAAAUCAAGCUUACCUUCAAAGAAGCUUUGCUUGGAUUCCAGAAAGAAAUUACGACAUUGAGCGGCAAGAAGAUCAACGUUUCCAGAUCGCUUCCUGUCCAGCCCUCGUCCACUAACAGAUAUCCCGGCCAGGGCAUGCCAAACUCCAAAGACCCUAACGCUCACGGCGACCUUAUCAUCAAGUAUAAGAUAGACUUUCCAACUUCAUUACUGCCAGCUCAGAAACAGGCCAUUCAAAGUGCAUUUUAG